UACUAGCCUUGUGUAGUGGGGACGGACCGUGAUUAUUCGACCAGAUGAUCACCGUACUCGGGGAUAAUAGAGAGGACCAAAAUCUAUAAAAGAGGGGUGAAUUUACAGGUAUAAUCAAGUCGAACAACCCUCACAGUUGUACAGCUUACUAUCAGUUCACAAUGUUUGCUCGUGUCUCUGCUUUAACUCUCCUGGCUUUGCCUAUUCUUGCGACCGCCACAGUCCUUCCCCGUGCUGACGGAGCGGCGUGCAGUGCCACUGGUACCGCGCAGUGCUGCGCUACGACUCAGAGCCCCACCUCUACUAUCGUUCAGACCCUUUUGGGUCUCCUCGGAAUCCCCAUCGGCAGUGUCACCGCUAAUGUUGGUCUUACCUGCAGCCCCAUUACCGUCCUUGGGAUCGGCGGUACCCAGUGCAACAACCAAGUUGUCUGCUGUGAUAACAACAACUUCAAUGGUCUUGUUGCGUUGGGAUGCACCUCCAUUAACAUUGGCCUCUAAGAUAAUGUUCCACAAGUGUUCGGGAAUGGCAACGUAUCAGCGACAUUGUAUUGAUUUGUUGUACAAGUAGACAGAUCGAGAAAUCAAUAGUGCUGAACAAGGAAUGAAUAUGUCACAUAUAACACAUAUCUCAUUGAAGUAGAAUCGUACCAUACUACGGAACGGUGUCGAAGAAGGAUAUCACGAGAUGGCGUCUAUGUCCAUUCAUAACGCGCCUUGUCGUGGGUUUACAAGGAACGAAUAUGUC